AUGUCUCAGAGAAGCGCCGCUCCCACUUCGUUCACCAUCAGGGACAUACUGAACAUGGGCUGUGCGGACUGCAAGAGGGGAUCGGAGUGCACGAAGGACCCGGAGGAUCCCGGGCACUGCCAGACCGAGGUGGGUGCAGAGAGCCCUGUGGAUGCCACAUCUGAUAUCUCUGAGGGCGAAAUCACCAGCGAGCCACAGAGCCCACACGGGGGGCCACAGCACACAGAGGAGCCCCCCUGGUACAGUGACCAGGAGCCACACUCAGAGGGGGAUUACAUGGAGCACAAAGCUGAUGAGAAGUCCGGGAAGAAGAGGACCAGGGCUGCCUUCUCCCAUGCCCAGGUCUAUGAACUGGAGAGAAGGUUCAGCCUUCAGAGAUACCUCUCCGGACCAGAGAGGGCUGAUCUGGCUGCUGCCCUAAAGCUCACAGAGACCCAGAUAAAGAUCUGGUUCCAGAACAGGCGAUACAAGACCAAGAGGAAGCUGAUCGCCAAACAACAGCAAGCGGCCAAAGCCCCGGAGACCCCUGCCAAGCAAGUGGCUGUGAGGGUGCUGGUGAAGGAUGACCAGAGACAGUACUGCCCAGAGGAGCUCCUAUGCCCAUCUCUGCUGUCACUAUACCAGGCGUACCAGUAUUAUCCGUUCCUGUACCGUCUGCCCUCCUGGUCCCCUCACAUCUAG